AGGCGUGGCCACCUGCCGUCAGACAACGUUGCCGGUAAUUCCUCAAGAUGAAGGCCGAGAUCGAUUCGUUUUCCGGGUACCGUAUCUACCCUAGCAAGGGCAGGCUCUUUGUCCGUACCGACAACAAGAUCUUCCGCUUCUCCACCGGAAAGACCGAAUCGCUCUUCAAGCAGCGCAAGAACCCGCGCAAGAUCGCAUGGACGGUGGUCUACCGCCGGAUGCACAAGAAGGGCCUCCAGGAGGAGGUCGCCAAGAAGCGCUCUCGAAAGACGGUGAAGCACCAUCGCGGCAUCGUCGGCGCAGACCUCACCGCCAUCGCCGCCAUGCGAAACCAGACCGCGCAGGCCCGUAUUGACCAGAGGACAAAGGCCAUCCAGAAGGCCAAGGCGGAGAAGAAGGAGAAAGAGUCGAAGAAGGAGAAGACCAAGCCUGCAACACGGGCACCGGCGGCGGGCGGGCCCCGGGUGUCGAAGCAGCAGAUGAAGGGCGGCAAGGGCGGCCGUUGAGCACACGCUUCCCGUUCGAUUCUUGUUCUCGUCGCUCUGCUGUGAUAUUAUUCCAUUCCAUUCCUUUGCACGCA